AUGUCUGACUCUGAUCCCAGGUUCAAUCCCUUGUCUGGCACUAACUACCCCCAGUGGAGUGGUGAAAUGCAAUGCCCUGUGACUGAUGCUGAAGCACAAGAGAAAUGGGAGUUGAGAGCUGAAAAGGCUGCUGGUGCAUUAUACCUCAAUGUCACCAAAGAGCAGUGUAUCCACCUUGAUGGCAUCAUUGAUGAUCCUGUCAAGAUCUGGGAGAAAUUGGCUACUGUGCACAUGUCUGGGACAAGAUUCAAUGCCUAUGACAAUUUGUUCUCUAUCAGAAAGAAGGGGGACGAAUCCCUGCAGUCUCUUAUGACUAGGAUUGAUGAAGGCAUGCAUCAGAUUCAAAAUCUUUGUCCUACUGGCUUCACAUUAGCCAAAUUGGACAAUGAACUGACAUGCAUGGCCAUAAUUAGGGUGCUUCCUGAUGAAUAUGCCCACUUCACUUCAUCUCUACUGCUUCUGGGCAGCUUAGAUAAAACCCAGCUCAGGUAUGCUUUCCUUGCUGAAGAGAUUAAUUGUUGUUGUUGUGCUAAAGUUGAUUCUGCCUUACAUUCUUCAUCUACCAAGAAAAUUUUGGUGGUGAAUAGCCUGCCUUGA